AUGAAGGAAACGUCACAUAACAGCUGAUCUUAUAUUUUGAUUUGAUUAAUUCAAUCGAAAGAAAAGGAUUCGAUUAAUUGAUUAGUUAUGGUUUGGAGCCUUUUCUUAUACGCUGCUAGAAAGUUUCGAUGUUUUAACACAUCUUCAAAGAGCACUCAAUUUAUCUCACUCAGCAAAUAAAGUGGCAGCAUUCGGAAGCCGCGCUUAUCUAUUACAGUACCCUUGAGUUAGCAUACAGAAGCGGUUCGUCUCGUUAAAUACCACCGACAGAAUCUGAUCCCGACAUUACUCGCCGAACUGUUUAGGUUGAAUCUUAGGAAAGUGUGAAAUUAUGGAAGCUCCCAAGGUGAAGUUAUGUGAAAAUCCGCGCCAGGAUGCUGGCCUCCUGUCGGUACUGACCUUCUGGUGGACCGCCGAUAUGUUCAGAAAAGGAUCGUCGAGAACUCUCGGUUUGGCUGACCUUUACAAGCCAUUGGAGGAAGACCAUGCCGAUAGACUGGGAGAUCGAUUACAACUUGAAUGGGAAAAACAACUGCAACAAAACAAGAAGGAUCCCAAACAUAAACCAUCACUCGUGAGAGCAAUAUUUCGUACAUUCCGGGUGGAGUGGAUCUGGUUAUGCGUUCUGACAUUUUUUGGUGAAAUAGUAUUACGUAUCGGACAACCCAUCCUACUGGGAAGAUUACUAUUAUACUUUAGACGACAAGCCGAUAUCAGCUACGAACAUGCAAUCUACUAUGCACUGGGAAUGGUUCUUACGAAGGCCGGCAGCAUAGUCGUAGAAAAUCAAUAUGCGAUCUGUACUUGUUUGACAGGAGUAAGGACCCGAAUAGCGGUUUGUAGUUUGAUCUAUCGGAAAUCUUUGUGUCUCUCGAGGAACGCACUGGGUGACACAUCCCCCGGCAAAGUCGUCAACUUGCUGUCCAACGAUGUCAACCGGUUCGAUAUCGUGGCCUUUGUGAUCUGUUUCAUGUGGUCGGCUCCGCUGUUGACCGUUGUGGUGUUGAUUCUCCUAUGGUAUGAGGUCGGCUGGGCCGGACCUCUCGGAAUUUUGACCAUUUUUUCGAUUGCUCUAAUCCAAUCAUUCUUCAGCAAGCUAACGUCACGGUAUCGGUUGAGGACAGCGAUGCGAGCAGACGAUCGCAUUCGGUUGAUGGAUGAAAUCGCAGCAGGAAUUCAUGUGAUCAAAAUGUAUGCCUGGGAGAAGCCAUUUGCAGCACUGAUUUCACUGGCACGGAAAGCGGAAAUUAAGUUUGUUCUAAGAAGCGGCUUGAUUCGAGGGCUGUUUAUGACGUUCCAGCUGUUCACCACCAGAGCAGCAUUGUUUGCGACCAUGAUCGCUCUGUAUCUGAUGCAGGAGGAGAUAACGGCAGCCAAAGUUUUUGUGGUUGCGAGCUAUCUGAACAUUGUCGCUCAUACAAUGUCCGGAAUGUUCGUACGAGGUGUUGCCGAAAUAUCGGAGGGAUUGGUAGCAACUAAGAGGUUGCAACGAUUCUUAGAGUAUGAAGAAAUACAACAGGGAACACCGGUAGAGUUUCGCAAAACAAAGGAGGAACAAAAUGGUAAUGUUAUUGUUGAAUCUCCGGAAGUGGCGAUAUCUAUGCGUUCCGUAACCGCUCGUUGGGACCAGUCCCUGUCGCACGAUGGACAUCAUCCUGCGACACUAGAUGGUUUGGACAUUGACUUCCCCAGAGGAAAAUUAAUUGGAAUUGUAGGAGCAAUUGGUUCUGGUAAAUCUUCCAUCCUACAAGCCAUUCUGAAAGAGCUACCACUCGAGAGUGGGAAAAUUAUAUGCAAUGAAACGUUGUCCUACGUCAGCCAAGAACCUUGGCUGUUCGCUGGCAGUAUUAAACAUAAUAUCCUGUUCGGUGAAGAACUUGAUAGAAAACGAUACAAAUCUGUAGUGCGGGUGUGCGCUUUGGAGGCAGAUUUGGAGCAAUUUCCGAACGAUGAUGAUACGUUGGUUGGAGAGCGAGGCAUUUCCCUUUCGGGCGGACAAAAGGCGAGAGUUUGUUUGGCACGUGCAGUUUAUAGAAAAUCUGGCGUAUAUUUGUUGGAUGAUCCGUUAAGCGCCGUAGAUGCGCACGUGGCACGUCAUCUGUUCGAUUUGUGUAUCGGCAAAAAAGGCUUACUGGGCCGGCAAGGUUCCACUAGAAUUCUUGUGACACAUCAGGUACACUUUCUGAUUGAAUCUGAUUGGAUAAUUGUUAUGAACGAGGGAAAAGUGGAAGCCCAAGGAACUCCACAUGAUCUUAUGAAAAGAGGAAUAGACAUAUUUAACCGUAACGAUAAUGGUAAUUCGGAAGAUUACCCGGAAGAUGCUCACUUUGGUCGGCAAAUUUCUCAAAUGUCAAUAGCUUCAACUGCAUCCUCUGGCAGUGAUGUGAAUAAACAAUUCGAUGCUAACCAAAACGAGAGCAUGAUUGAGCAAUCGUUCGAAAAAUCUUCGGAGGAUACAACUAAUAGUUCUUUAUUCAUACACUACGCUGCUGGAGCGGGAAGUUGGGUGGUUUUGGUGGGUCUAGUAGUACUGUUUCUUAUUACUCAAUUGAUUGUGAGUUUCGCCGAUUAUUGGGUGUCCUUCUGGGUGUCCCAGGAGGAGCUGCGUGUAUUUAACGCCGAGCAGAAUGGAACCAUUGCAACCGCAGAACCACAGAAAAUUCCACUCAGUUCUGAGAUUUGUAUCUACGUACAGUGUUCAGUAGUGAUUGGAAUUUUCAUCAUUGGACUGGCGAGAACAAUCGGAUUUUACUGUUCCUGUGCUCGAGCCUCCCAAACGAUUCACGAUUGGUCAUUCAAGGGAUUCAUCUCAGCGACCAAGCGCUUCUACGAUACCAAUCCCUCCGGGAGGAUUCUGAAUCGCUUCUCAAAGGACCUAGGAGCUAUGGACGAAAUGCUUCCGAAAGCGAUUCUUGAUGCAACACAAGCUGUCCUGGCGAUCGUUGGAGCCACGCUAGUAAUUCUGGUUGUGCAGCCCUUCUUCUCGAUACCGGUUCUGGCGUUGUUAGUUGUGCUCUUAUACGCCAGAAAGAUUUACUUAAAAACUUCUCAGAACACACGUAGACUAGAAGGAAUAACACGAUCUCCGGUUUUUUCUCAUAUUUCGACAACUUUGAAUGGUCUACCAACAAUCCGAUCAUUUUGUGUGCAGAAAUUCCUCACCAGAGAGUUCGAUCUGCACCAAAACAUCAACACCGGGGCAUAUUUCAUGUUCCAUUGUGGUCGAAUAGCUUUCGGCAUGGUGCUGGACUUGAUUUUCUUCGCAUUUCUGGUCAUCGUAACGUUUACUUUUCUGUUGUUGGAUACGGAUGCACUCGGGGACAAGGUCGGUCUGGUGGUAACCCAGAUUACGUCCCUAGCGGGAAUGCUACAGUUCGGAGUGCGGCAAAGUGCUCAAAUGUUCAACCAUCUGAUCGCGGUUGAGCGAUUGCUGGAGUACAAAAAUUUACCAGCUGAAAAGCAACCCGCAGAGGACCCCAAGCAAAUUACGGCGAAAAAAUGGCCAUCGAUGGGAAGAAUUUGCUUUUCGAAUGUUUGCUACAAAUAUUAUGAAGAUGCUCCGUUGGUGCUUAAUGACUUAACGUUCGAAAUUAAACCGAAUGAAAAAAUUGGCAUUGUGGGUCGAACAGGAGCUGGAAAGUCAUCGAUUGUUGGAGCACUGUUUCGAACGGCAAUCGUCGAAGGUAAUAUAACCAUCGAUGAUAUAAAUACGUCGGAAAUUACUUUGGAAACGCUUAGAUCGAACAUUUCGAUCAUUCCACAAGAUCCAAUACUGUUCAGUGGAACGUUACGAAAAAAUCUUGAUCCAUUCGAUCGCUAUGCUGAUCUGGAACUAUGGAAGGCCUUGGAGUUGGUGGAGUUGAAAGACUUAGCAAAUGGACCACUGGGACUUCAAGUGUAUGUUGCCUGUGCCGGAUCAAACUUUAGCGUUGGUCAACGUCAGCUUUUAUGUUUGGCCAGAGCAAUUCUUCGAAAUAACCGAAUUCUUGUUCUUGAUGAAGCAACAGCAAACGUAGACCCCGAAACCGACCGCCUGAUACAGUUGACAAUCCGGGAACGAUUUGUUGAUUGUACUGUACUAACAAUUGCUCACCGACUAAACACCAUUAUGGAUUACAAUCGAGUUCUCGUUAUGAGCGAGGGAAGAGCGGUAGAGUUUGGAACACCUUACGAUUUGCUACAAAUACCCAGCGGAGUGUUCCGAGAUAUCGUCUUGGCAACCGGACCGGUUGAGUCGGAGAAUCUCAUCAAUAUGGCCACGAAACAUGUAAGGAGGUGUGAAAUUAUGGAAGCACCCAAAGUAAAGUUAUGUGAAAAUCCUCGCCAGGAUGCUGGUUUCUUCUCGGCACUGACCUUCUGGUGGACCGCCGACAUGUUCCGGAAGGGCUCAUCGAAAACGCUGGGUUUGUCGGACCUAUACAAACCACUGAAGGAGGACCAUGCCGACAGGCUGGGCGACCAGUUGCAAAUCCAAUGGGAAAAACAACUGGAACAAUGCCGCAAGGAUCCCGAACGUAGAGCGUCUCUUGUGAAGGCAAUAUUUCACGCCUUUCGGCUGGACUGGAUCAGGCUAUGUGUACUGACUUUUUUCGGAGAAAUUAUAUUGCGUAUUGCACAACCCAUAUUGCUGGGAAGAUUACUAUUAUAUUUUAGACGACAAGCAGAUAUCAGUUACGAGCAUGCAAUCUACUAUGCAGUUGGAAUGCUCCUAACGAAGGCCGGCAGCAUUAUUGUGGAGAAUCAAUAUCUGAUGCGCACUGGUUUGACGGGAAUAAGAACCCGAAUAGCUGUUUGCAGUUUGAUUUAUCGAAAAUCUUUGCGACUUUCGAGGAAUGCGCUGGGUGACACAUCGCCGGGCAAGGCCGUCAACCUGAUGUCCAACGAUGUCAGCCGGUUCGAUUUUGUGGCCUAUCUGGUUUGUUUCAUGUGGUCUGCCCCGUUGUUGACGAUCGUGGUGUUGGUUCUUCUGUGGUAUGAAGUCGGCUGGGCCGGACCUCUCGGAGUGUUGAUCAUUUUGGCGAUAGCUCUGAUUCAAUCCUUUUUCGGGAAGCUAACCUCACGGUAUCGCUUACGGACUGCAGCGCGUGCCGACGAUCGCAUUCGGCUGAUGGAUGAAAUCGUGGCCGGAAUUCAUGUGAUCAAAAUGUAUGCCUGGGAGAAACCCUUUGCUGCACUGAUUUCACUGGCACGGAAAGCGGAAAUUAAGUAUGUUCUAAAAAGCGGCUUAAUUCGUGGUCUGUUUAUGACGUUCCAGCUGUUCACCACCAGAGCAGCAUUGUUUGCAACCAUGAUCGCACUGUUUCUGAUGCAGGAGGACAUUACGGCAGCCAAAGUGUUUGUAGUGGCGAGCUAUCUAAACAUUGUCGCCUAUACAAUGUCCGGCAUGUUUGUACGCGGUGUUGCCGAAAUAUCGGAAGGAUUAGUAGCAACUAGGAGGUUGCAACGUUUCUUGGAAUAUGAGGAAGUACAGCAGGAAUUAACUGAAGAGCUGCACACAACUGUAAACGUCAAACGUCUAUAAGUUUGGUUUCCUAGGAUAAUAUUCCCCUACUUUCAGAUGAAGGAGCAACCACUUUCAAAGAUGGUAAUUUCUAUGCGAUCCGUAACCGCUCGUUGGGAGACGCCUCUGUCGCAUGAUGAACAUCAUCCUACCACGGCUUUAGCGUUUGCCGAACAUCAUCCUGCAACACUGGAUAGCUUGGACAUUGACUUUCCCAGGGGAAAACUAAUUGGAAUUGUAGGAGCAAUUGGUUCUGGUAAAUCUUCCAUUCUACAAGCCAUUCUGAAAGAGCUUCCGCUCGAGAGUGGGGAAAUAAUAUGCAAUGAAACAUUGUCCUACGUCAGCCAGGAACCGUGGCUGUUCGCUGGAAGUAUUAAACAGAAUAUUCUAUUUGGCGAAGAAUUUGAUAGGAAACGAUACAAAUCUGUAGUGCAAGUGUGCGCUUUGGAAGCAGAUUUGGAGCAAUUUCCGAACGGCGACAAAACGUUGGUUGGGGAGCGAGGCAUUUCCCUUUCGGGUGGCCAAAAGGCGAGAGUUUGUUUAGCACGAACCGUUUAUAGAAGAUCCGGUGUGUAUCUGUUGGAUGAUCCAUUAAGCGCCGUAGAUGCGCACGUAGCACGUCACCUCUUCGAUUUGUGUAUUGGCGCUAAAGGGUUUCUGGGCAGACAAGGUUCCACUAGAAUUCUUGUGACACAUCAGGUACACUUUCUGAUUGAAUCUGAUUGGAUAAUCGUUAUGAAUGAGGGAAAAGUGGAAGCUCAAGGAACUCCACAGGAUCUUAUGAAUAAAGGAAUAGAAAUGUUAAAUCUGAUUGAACGCGACGCGAUGGAAGAUUCUAUUGAAGAUACGCUUCUUGAUCGACGAGUUUCUCAAACAUCAAUAGCUUCGUCCUCUUCCGAUAGCAGUGAUGGGAAUAAAAAAGUUGACAACGACUUAAGUAAGAGCAACAAUGAACAAUUGUUUGAAAAAUCUUCCGAGGACACAGUCAAUGGCUCUUUAUUUAUGCAUUAUGCCUCUGGAGUCGGUAGUUGGGUGAUUUUGGUGGGCCUGCUUGUACUGUUUCUCGCUACCCAGUUGAUUGUAAGUUUUGCCGAUUACUGGGUGUCUUUCUGGGUGUCCCAGGAAGAGUUACGUGAAUUCACAACCGAGCGGAAUGGAACCAAAGUUGCUGCAGAACCACGCAGAACUCCACUCAGUUCUGAGAUAUGCAUUUAUGUACAGUCUUCUGCUGUAAUUGGUAUCUUCAUUAUCGGACUGGCGAGAGCAAUCGGAUUCUACUGUUCCUGUGCCCGGGCCUCCCAAACGAUUCACGACUGGUCAUUCAACGGAUUCAUCUCAGCGACCAAGCGCUUCUACGAUACCAAUCCUUCCGGUAGGAUUCUAAAUCGCUUCUCAAAGGAGCUAGGAUCUAUGGACGAGCUGCUUCCGAAAGGGAUUCUAGAUGCAUCACAAGCUAUACUAGCGAUCGCUGGUGCUAUGCUCGUAAUUCUUGUUGUUCAGCCUUUCUUUUUGAUACCCAUUUUGGGGUUGUUAGUCGUGCUUCUGUACACCAGAAGGAUUUAUUUAGAAACUUCCCAGAACACACGUAGACUAGAAGGAAUAACACGUUCUCCAGUAUUUUCUCAUAUUUCUACAACCUUAAAUGGUCUACCAACAAUCCGAUCAUUUCGGGUGCAAAAAUUUCUCAUCGAAGAGUUUGAUCUACACCAAAACAUUAACACCGGGGCAUAUUUUAUGUUUCACUGUAGUGCAGUAGCUUUCGGCAUGGUGCUGGACUUGAUUUUCUUCGUAUUUCUGGUCAUCGUUACGUUUACUUUUCUGCUGUUGGAUACGAAUGCACUCGGGGACAAAGUAGGUUUGGUGAUAACCCAGAUUAUGUCCCUAGCUGGAAUGCUACAGUUCGGAGUGCGACAAAGUGCACAGGUGUUCAACUAUCUGAUUGCUGUAGAGCGAUUGUUGGAGUAUAAAAAUUUACCAGCCGAAAAACAACCACCGGAGGACCCAAAACAAAUCAAAACGAAACAAUGGCCAUCGAUGGGAAGUAUAUGCUUUUCGAAUGUUGGCUACAAAUAUUAUGAAGAUGCUCCGCUGGUGCUUCAUGACUUAACGUUCGAAAUUAAACCAAAUGAAAAGAUUGGCAUUGUGGGUCGAACAGGAGCUGGAAAGUCAUCGAUUGUUGGAGCCCUUUUUCGAACGGCAAUCGUUGAGGGUAAUAUCACGAUCGAUGAUGUAGACACAUCGGAAAUUACUUUGGAAACGCUAAGAUCGAACAUUUCGAUCAUACCACAAGAUCCAAUACUGUUCAGUGGAACGUUACGGAGAAAUCUUGAUCCAUUCGAUCGUUAUAGUGAUCUGGAACUGUGGAAGGCUUUAGAGUUGGUGGAGUUGAAAGACUUAGCCAACGGACCACUAGGUCUUCAAGCGUAUGUUGCUUGCUCCGGUUCAAACUUUAGCGUCGGGGAACGUCAGCUAUUAUGUCUAGCCAGAGCAAUUCUUCGAAAUAACCGAAUUCUUGUUCUCGACGAAGCAACCGCUAAUGUAGAUCCCGAAACCGACCGUCUAAUACAGGUGACAAUCCGGGAACGAUUUGCCGACUGUACCGUACUAACAAUUGCUCAUCGAUUGAACACCAUCAUGGAUUACAAUCGAGUUUUGGUUAUGAGCGAUGGGAGAGCCGUAGAAUUUGGAACUCCUAACGAUUUACUGCAAUCUCCUGGUGGAAUUUUCAGGGAUAUCGUAUUAGCAACCGGACCGGCUGAGUCGGAAAAUCUCAUAAAUAUGGCCAAGAAACACGGCAAUCAAUCUUAGAGCAGA